AUGUACAGUUACAUUAUCAAAGAGCUACCAGAAGUGAUCAAAAGCGUGCUACCAAUCGAUUUAGGGAGAUUAGGUAGGUUAAGAAAGUUAAGUAAGUUGAGAAAGACUGCAGGAGAUUGUUGCGGUAUAUUCGGCCACUCGAUGGGAGGACAUGGAGCAAUCUCGAUUGGAUUGAAAAAUCCGGAACUUUUCAAAACUAUCUCAGCUUUUGCACCAAUCUGCAAUCCUAUGAAAAGCCCUUGGGGCCAGAAGGCAUUCACUGGCUACUUAGGCACUGACACCAAAAAUUGGGAGCAGUAUGAUUCUUCUAUUCUGUUGAAGAAAUACAAUGGUCCGCCAAGGAACAUACUAAUUGACCAGGGCACGAGUGAUUCUUUCUUCAAAGAUGGGGAACUACUGCCAGAAUCUUUGCAGUCGACGGAGAAAGUGAAAGUGGAGCUACGGAUGCAAAAAGAUUUCGAUCACAGCUACUACUUUAUCGCUACUUUCAUUGGGGAGCACUUCAAGCAUCAUGCGGCAGUUUUGAAGAAAUAG